AUGUCUUUCAAGCACCGUUUAUUUGCAGUCUUGUUGUAUUCUAUAUUGUCGCUCGAUUCUUUGCAUCAAGUUUGUUCACAGCUGAUAGUCGUUGACCCGCCAACCAUCGCUAGUGUCACGGCAAGUCCUCCGACCAAUGGCGUGUCUGGCGACUCUGUCUUCGCCAACGGGGACAGGAUCACCGUUCAGUUUGACAAGGAUACAGAUCUUGGAGGUUUUACUUCCGCUACGAUUCCGAAAGCUUCCGUCCUAUCACUCUUCAGCUUCUCAGUGCCUUUGGGAGCUGAUUACGAGGGAGUGUGGGAGACUGCUUCUAAGUUUGUUAUCACAAUCUUGGAUUGGCCGGGAUCAGGACCCCCGGAGGUAGGAGAGCCGUCAGGCCUGGUUGUGACGUGCAGGACGGACGGAGGAAGGGCGAUCCGCGUCGCGAGCCCAGCUCUGUCUGUAGCAUGCACAAGCUCGUCCCCGAAGAUGUUGGGCGACUUCGGCCCUGCUGUAGUCUCCUGCAUCUCUCUCACGGCUCGAGGAAACCCUACAGGGCUGGGCGACAGCAUUUACGGCAACGGAGUUGCGUUGAUCGCCAAGUUCAACAGGGAGACGAACUUGGCUGGCAGCAGCGCGAUUGGGAGCGUGAUGAGGAUGGAUAGGAUAGCUCCUUUCCUCUCGACGUCUUCCUCCAUCGGAAGGAACUACACAGCAAAGUUCACUGAUCGCUUCACUCUUGAGAUCAACGUGGUAGACGCGACCGGAGGCUUUGCAGAGGUUGAUGUCUUCACCGUGCGCUUCAUCGCAGAUCAAAGGUACGGGGUGAGAAACUUUCCUGCAGCCUGUGCGCCACUGGCAACAUCCUCCCCUACCCUUUCUGGGAACUUUGGUCCCUCCAACGUAUACAUCCUGUCGAUGCUUGCUUCAGAUCCCGACAACGCAGACGUCAUCUACUCCAUGGGCGAUAUCAUCACCAUCACUUUCAACCGCGACACCAACAUGGCCGGCUUUGCCUCCGGCGUUCUCCUCCCCCAAGAUCGUGUAGAGACUAUCUUCAACUUCUCCCAGUCUCUCGGAUCGUACCAAGGCAUCUGGAUCUCCCGCAAUGUCUUCAGAAUCACCGUUCUCAACACGACCUUCUCCUCGCCCCCCAAGAUCGGUGUCAUGACCGCAACCGUCAAACUCUCCGCAAACCUCCGCAACUUCCCUCCGACUGCUGCCCCCAGCACGGCGACUGCGAUCCUGGGAGGCAACUUCGGCCUCAUCGUUCCUCGCAUCCUCGCACUGACUGCCUCCGACCCGAAUGCUCGAGAUUCAGUGUACGCAGCUGGGGACCACGUCACUUUGACCUUCGACCUGGCGACGAACCGAGCAGGAAGGGGAAGUGCGACGUUGAGUCGAGUGCAGGUCGACUCUCUCUUCAUCUUUUCCCUCCCGCUAGGACGAGACUACCAGGGCACCUUUGCUGACGACAAAACUUUCGUCGUCACCGUCCUCGACGUCAACGGCAGCACGCAGCCCCUGCUAGGAAAGUUGACUGUGACGUGCAGAAACAACCAGUCGAACCCGAGCUCUCUCAUCCGCCUCGCGGACAACUCGGAAGGAGCUUGUUUCCAAGAAUCUCCCCUCCUGCAAGGCGACUUCGGCCCCUCCAAUAUCUCCUUCCUCGUUCAAGCACAGGCGUGGGCCAACAAGACGAUUCUCGGGCUCGACUCCGUGUACAUGCCAGGGGAUCAGAUCAUCGUUUCCUUUAGCGAGGACACCAACACAGGAGGGUUGCCGCUGGAUACUUGGAUCUACACGUCAGACCUCAACAGGAUGCUCUUCCUUUCAAGGAGCAUCGGGCAGGACUACAAGGCCAUGUGGACGACGAGGAGACGAUUCAUCAUCACCAUCGUCUCCGUCACAGGAGCGCAGUAUCCUCUCCCUGACUUCCUCAAGAUCGGCUUCACAAACUUCUCCGAUAUCCGCAACUAUCCUCCUCAGUGUGCUCCUCUAACCGCAAGCACUUCCGUCAUUCUUCGAGGUGACUUUGGACCCUCCACCAUCACCGUCGUCAGCGUCGUGGCCAAAGACCCGACCGAUGCUUCGUCUCUCUACACCAACGGGGAUACCAUCAUCAUCACUUUCAACCAAGACACCAACUACGCUGGUCUGGCUGGAGUUGCGAUGACAAGGGCGCAGGUGGACAACCUUUUCAGCUUCUCUCUUCUCCUGGGGUUGGACUACCGGGCCUCCUGGAACGAUGCUCGCUCCCUCACCAUCUUCAUCUCUGACGCCACAGGAAGCUCUCCUCCGACUAUCGGUGACAUGUACGUCUCCGUCAAGGCUCAGGGGAACCUCCGGAAUGCCCAGGGCUCCUCUGCUCCCCUUGAUCGCUCCUUCCCGGACGUCAGGCUGUCAGGAGACUUCGGGCCCUCGAACAUCCUCAUCAUCUCGUUCAGAGUGGAGGAUCCUUACAACUUAGAUGAGGUCUACGGAGUUGGGGACACGUUCUACAUCACCUUCUCGAGAAAGACAAAUCAAGGAAAUCUCCCAACUUCGCUGAACAAAACUCAGAUCGACGCGUUCCUUUCCUUCUCAAACUCCAUCGGCGCCAACUACUCAGGGGAGUGGCAGCAAGACAGCAGCGUCGUCAAGAUCACCAUCCUCAACAUCUCCGGAGCUCAGCUUAAGAUAGGAACUACUCGCGUCUCCGUCCUCCCCAGCGGGAACAUCCGCAACUUCCCUCCUACCUGCAGAGCCAGCUCGGCUACUUCUCCUCCUCUCUCUGGAAACUUUGGGCAGACUAUCCCCUACAUCACUGUGGUGAGGGGGCAGGAUCCGACGGGUAUCGACGAGGUGUACGGUUUCCUGGAUAUGAUUAUAUUACGUUUCUCGGAGCCAACCAACCAGGCCGGAUACACGACCAACAGCAGGAUAACUAACGAAGUUAUCCUUUCAAUGUUCGACUUUUCGCAGAACUUGGGCUCUGUCUUCGGUUCCUGGGACUCCAGUACUCAGCUCACACUGACCGUCGAGAGCAUCGCCGGCGCCUCUCCUCCCUCCAUCGGAGAUCUGACGGUCCGCUGCAAGGGACCCUUCCAGCCUCCUUUCUCUCCUCCGUCCGGCCUCGUGCUCGACUCCACCUACGUGCCCAUCACGAAGCUGACGGGGUCGAAACCUUGCUUCCGUUACUCUCCUCCUCUCACUGGCGACUUUGGGCCCUCCCUCAUGGUCAUUACCUCCCUGUUCGGGUCAAGCUCGGUCCCACCUGACACCUACUUCGGACCCAACGAUCGCAUCCAAGUCACCUUUAGCGAGAGCACAAACUUGGGAGGCUACAGCAUAGGAAGCACGCUCUCAAAGCAGCAAGUGGAUACCAUUUUCAUCUUUUCUUGCCCAAUAGGAGCAGACUACCAGGGGUCAUGGAGCGACAGGCAAACGUUCGUCAUCAACAUGAUAAACACACAAGGGGCCUGCGAUCCUAUCAUCGGCCAGUUCUCCCUCAAGGUCAACGCCUCCGGAAACAUCCGCAACUUCCCGCCGCAGUCCGCCCCCAACACCGCCACCUCUCCUCCUCUCCAGGGAGACUUUGGACCCUCUCCUCUCACCAUCCUCGCGGUAGUUGCUGAGCGAUCUGCCGUCCUCGACGACACCUACAGCAACGGCGAUACCCUCACCUUCCUCCUCAGUCACAACACAGACCAGGCAGGGCUGCCGCAGCUCGUGAGCCAGUACGAGCUGGGAAGGCUCUUCUCCUUCAACCUCUCCCUCGGUCUCUUCUACUACGGCCUCUGGGUUGACACCAAGACUCUCCGCAUCGUAGUGCAGGAUGCUACUGGCGCCGCUCCUCCCUCUCUCGGCUGCUCUCCUACCGCUCUUGCAUGUGUAGGAGAGCAGAACACGUUCAUCGGAUCCUUCAAGGCAUCAGGGAACCUGCGUAGCAUGCCCAAGAUCACUGCUCCUGUGGUUGCCAGCACCCCAAAACUCAAUGGCUCCUUUGGCGUUUCCCUACUGACCAUCAGCUCCGUCUCGGCGAUUGCCGGAGAUCAGAACGGGCAGUUCACCUCCUCGGACAAGAUUGAGAUCCUAUUCGACCGCCCAACCAACAAGGGCUUCCUCCCGGACAACUGCACACAAGAGCUGAUCGACAACCUCUUCUCCUUCAGCGUUCCCAUCGGCAGGGCGUACUCCGGGCUCUGGCUCACCCGCUCCCUGCUCCGCCUCAUCAUCCUCGACCCCCUCGGCAGUGGCCCCCCACCAUCGGAAACUUCCGGGUCACGCCUGCGGGCAUUCGAUCCCACCAACGCCAACUCCGUCUACUCCAACUCGGACGCCAUCGAGAUCCUGUUCUCCGCUGACACCGACAGAGGUCAGCUGUUCUCGACCUGGAGCAAGCUUCGCAUCGACCAGACCAUGCAGUUCUCGCAGUCUCUCGGCGCCAACUACAGCGGGCAGUGGAUGAACUCCAGGAUUUUUCGUAUCACCAUCCUCGAUGCUCGAGGAGCGGCUCCUCCGGUCCUCGACAUCCUGACCGUCCGAGUUCGCCCCUGCGUCUCCUACAACGUCAUCUCAGGAUACUGCGAGGAGAACUUCGACUACUGCGCGCAAUGCGCCUGCUGCCUCGGAGAUAUCAGAACAUCGCCGCGCACCAGCGCUCCUAUCGUUGCCUCAUCGCCGACUCUUAUCGGAGACUUUGGGCCCUGUGCUAUCUACAUCAUCAACAUCACAGCGUUCGAUCCCGGCCAGGACGACAGCAUCCUCAAUGAAGGAGACGCGAUCAUGGUGUUCUUCUCCGAGACGACCGACCGAGCAUGUGGCAAGCUCUACAAGAACUCGACCUGUCUCGACCGACGCAUGUCAAAGUCUCAAGUUGACGCGUUCCUCUCCUUCUCGCAGACCAUCGGCCUUGACUACGAGGCUGUGUGGGUAGACGGGAGCAGGCUACGGAUCAACGUCCUCAACGCUACAGGAGGAGUUGCCGUCCCUUCCCGCCUUGUCAUCUCUAUCCCUGCCUCCUCCAACCUCAGGAAUUAUCCUCCCAACUGCCUCCCCCGCAAUAUAGAUUCUCCGACGCUGCGGGGGAAUUGGGGCCAGCCAGCACCAUUCAUCCUCAACUUUACAGCAGCAAGUGGCGGCAACGACUCUGUCUACGGCAACGAGGACAAACUCAUCAUCGACCUGUGCGUUCCCAUCCGUCGUUACGUUUGUGCAGGAACCAAUCAAUUCCAGUUGCCCCUGGGGGUACCUCUCCCCAAGAGCACAGUCCUGAAGAUGUUCUCCUUCUCUCAGGAGCUGGGAACAGACUUUCAAGGGCAGUGGGAGACUGACAGGCGUUUCGUUGUCACUGUGCUGAACUCCUCCCAGUCGCUUCCUCCCCAAGUCUACCAACUGACCGUCUCCGUGCUACAUGAAGGAAGCUGCACCUGCGACGAUAGCCUGUGUACCUCCUACACCUGCGGAGCCAGCGGUUUCUUCCUCCGUGAUACGGCCCAGAAAUCGAUCUUCUCGUCCUCAGUAUCGAGGGGGAUAAGGGGGGGCUGGGGAAACAACUCCUUGAGAAUCAUUGACCUUGAAGCAAGGGACGCCUCUGGCAACAACAUGCAGCUCGAACCGUACAAGUCUUAUCAGGCAGGAGACACGAUCACCGUUACCUUCAGCGGGCCAACGAACUAUGGGAGGGGCCCCCCAGGCUGCGUACUCGAUCAGGAGCCAUGGCCAGGAGAGCAGCAAACGGCAAACUUUACCUGCAGCACAAACUCUCCCUCUUUCCUCUCCAGAGACGAUCUGCUCGGUCUCUUCACGUUCUCCCAGUCACUAGGGGCGAAUUUCUCCGGCCGAUGGCUCUCCCGCUCCAUUCUCAUCAUCACCGUCCACAACGUCUCCCUUGCUUCCCCCCCGGGGAUCGGCCGCCUCUUCCUCCUCACCAAGGCAGCUGGCGACCUCCGCAACUUCCCGGUCGCCUCCUUCCCAGCUGAGAUCUCCUCUCCUCCUCUUCGAGGGGCGUUCGGCCCUUCCUCCGUCCGAAUCGUUCGAAUGCUCGCGCGAGAUCCCACCAAUAAGGACGAGCUGUACAGCUCGGGAGAUAGGAUCGUCCUCACCUUCAACCAACCGCUCAACGUCCAGGUGGGCUCCAUGCUGAGCAAGGAGGAGGUGGACGCUUCCUUCCUCUUCUCCCAGCGCCUCGGAGCGAACUACCGGGCAAACUGGUCCUCCUCCUCCGAGCUCAGCGUCGAGGUCCUCGACGCUACAGGCGCCAGCCCUCCUGUCCUCUCCGCAGCCUACACACCCGACGGAGCUCUGCUCUACCCCAAGAGGGCUGCGAGUGGCUUCCAGGUGCAGUGGACGGAGAAUUGCGACUCGGUGAUGUGUCCAGCUGCCUCAGUGCUCAGGUACCAGAACUUCCAAGAGGAGCUAGCAGCAGAGGAGAGGUUGAACCGUCUCAAGUUUCUCGAGCUCCAGCCCAGCAGCUACUACUCCGACGUUCUCCCAUGCAGCUACAGGCCGCAAACUCAGACCAACGUCUCUCAGAUCUCGCUCUCCUUCGCAGGAGUUGACAUCUUCAACAUCUUUUGGGUGGCCCUCUCCUCCUCCUCCAACCUGAGAGAUCAGAGUCAGACUGAGGUCCCUUCAACCUUUGCCAGCAUCUCCGGAAACGCCUCCGGCCUCGUUGGCAAGCCCAUCCUCCUCCAAGACGUCCUCGUCCCCCUCACUGGCGACUUCGGACAGUCCAGGAUGACAAUCUCCCAGCUCCGCAUCGGCAGCUUCGACAACCUCGAUGACGUCUACGGAGCUGGUGAUCAUAUCACCGUAACUUUCUCAGAGGAUACAAACCUUGCUCACCUAGACGCGAUAGACAUCCCUCGGGAGCAGGUGAACGCACUUCUCCGCUGUGAGACGGAGCCAGUCUUGGAGCAAGUGUCCAUCCCUGCAAGGUUCUGCAGAACCAUCGCUGUUGUCAACCCUGGAAGUCAGCAGAGCAGCAAGCUGGGGAUGUACCAGAUGCAGACCAGCACGCUGGAUGGGAUGCCAUACUACAAGCAGCAGGGAGGAUCGAACUACAUCUUCUCCUACUGCAACCUGAAGCACAGGAUCGAUGUCUCCUGCCCCCGGUGGCAUAUCGGAGCAAGAGUCGGCUCUGUCGCCGCCGGCCUUUACGCCAGCUCCUCCUCGACGACCCUCGACGCCUCCACCAUACCCGCUGGUGCAUGGAGAGAGUGGAACGGCACAGACUGGGUCACAUCGAGAGUUCAAGUCCUCUGCAACGAUGAUGGGAGUGUUGCCAUCAACUCCUCCUCCUCCUCCUCCUCCUCCUCCUCCUCGUCCUACGUCGAUGUUGACUCCAUUGCUGCUUCCUGCGACUGGCUUGGCUCCAACUACAGCGGCAGGUGGCUGAGCCGCAGCCAGCUGGUAAUCACGGUUUUGAACGCGACGGGAGUGAACGGAGGGUACGACAAGACUGCCGCUCUCUCGUGCACUCCCCGUCCUGCCUGCGCAGUCAAGUCCAUCAAUUCUCCUCAGCUCGGAGCGUUCUACGUCUCCGUCAAGGCAAGCUCCUACCUCCGCAACUUCCCUCCGACGUCCGGGCCGGUGGGGGAGACUGUGUAUGUUUCGUCCCCGAAGCUGGUGGGAGAUUACGGCCUUCUCUUCCCUCAGAUCACCAGCAUCGUUGCCAGCAACCCCAACACCCAGCAGAGCGUCUACUCGCCCGGUGACGUCAUCACAGUCUACUUCAACCAGGCGACAGACAUGGCCAAGUUUGCCCCUUGCGACUCCUCUGCUAUCCUGAGCUCAACGUCAUCUGACAACCAAUGCUGCUCGUUCCCCGUGUGCGACUGCCCCGUCCUCUCCAAGGAAGAGGUCGACUCUCUCUUCGACUUCUCCGACUCCCUCGGCUCCAACUACACAGGAAGGUGGCUCAACAAGGCCAAGGAGUUCGAGAUCACCGUGCACAACACGACUGGCGCAGCUCCUCCUUCUAUCGGCCACUCCAUCAUCAUCUCUGUGACCUCUAGAGGACGAGCCAUCCGGUCUGCAGACAGCUCCUCCGAGCCCUCGAGCAUGAAAUCUCCUCCUCUCAACGGGAGCUUCGGCCCUGCAGACGUCCGGAUUCUACAGCUGGUAGCGCAGGACCCUGUCAACGUUGACCCGUCGUACAAUCCGGGGGACACAAUCGUCGUGCAGUUCAACAGGGAUACAAACUUGGGAGAUCUGCCAGAGCAAGGGAUCAGCAGGAAGCAGAUUGACAACUUGAUCUCUUUCAACCUUCCCAUCGGAACGAAUUACACCGGCUCUUGGGUGUCCUGCAGCAAGUUGAAGAUCACAGUAGAGAACGUGACAGGAGCAGCCCCGCCCGUGAUUGGCUACCUAACUGCUCGUAUUCUUCCUACCGGCAACCUCCGCAACUUCCCCAGCGCCUCCUCCCCCAGCUCCGAUCAGUUCGCCGGAUUCCUCUCGGGAGAUUUCGGACCUCCUGCCAUCGAGUUCACUGACGUCCGCGCCUUCGACAGCGGCAACGGGACCGGAAGGUACGAGAGGGGAGACUACAUCCUUCUCCAGCUCAACGAGCCUUGCGAUCAAGGAGGUCUCCCCCAGUACCUCUCAAAGCAGCAGCUCGAUCAGCUCCUCAACAUGUCACAGAGCCUAGGAAAGAAUUACUCAGGAGAAUGGCUGGACAUCCAAGAAUGGAUCCCUUCAGUCGGCACAGGCGUUCUUCCUGCCUUCUCCUCCUCCAGCGCUAUCAGGAUCACAAUUCUCGACCCUACCGGCGCUGCUCCUCCCACCGUCGACACCUUCCGUGUUGCCUUCAGGGCCAGUGCCAACGUUCGCAACAUCCCACCAGUCUGCCGUCCGUCCGUGAAAACGUCUCCUCCUCUCACAGGAAACUUCGGGCAGACCAACAUCCGCAUCACCUCGCUCUCAGCUCGCUACAACCAGACCUGUGUUGGAGGCUGUGACGCCGUCUACGGCAACGGGGAUAUGAUCGACAUCGCCUUCUCCGAGGACGUCACCUUCUGCUACCCUUCCUGCUCCUGCUCCGACCCAGCAGACAACUCUCCUUACUGCCCGCGUCCUCUCGACGAGUACGUGAGGCAAGAAGUGCUCGAGCAAGCGUUCGAGUGGUCGCAGCGUCUCGGCGCUUCCUACUACGGCAGGUGGCUGAGCAAGAGCAGUCUCCGCAUCAUCAUAACCAACGCGUCUGGCGCGGACCCCCCAGCUGUAUACCAGCUGCAAGUCAAGGUGACGCCUCGGGCUCAGAUCAAGAACUUUCCUCCUACAGGCAACUACUCUAUCCCCCUCUCGGAUACUCUCUGCUCGAACGAGAGGCUGGCUGGCUCGCUGACCUGCGGCUUCGGGCCAGGGGACGUUGAAAUCGAGCGAGUCGUGGCUGUCCCGUACACCAUGGACAUCGAGUACCCGGGGAAGAUCUCGGCCGGGGACAAGAUCCUUGUGCAGUUCAACCAGCCGACAACUCGCGGGAGCCCCAUGCUCUGCGUCGGGGGGACGCGCGACGGCCUCGCUUGCUCGAGCAUCCUCGACGACACGACCUGCCGAGACCGAUACAUCGACCCUUUGACCCGCCUGCCUGUGCUGCUGAGCACCGGAGGAACCUGUACCUUCUCUCCCCUCCCCAAGUACCAGAUGCUCAAGAAGGAGAUCGUGGACGCGCUCUUUGACUUUAGUGUCCCUCUUGCUGUGGACUACGAGGGCCAGUGGGAGGACGCCUGUGCCUCCACUAGCGCAUGUGACGUGGCGGGGAGCCCGGAGGAUCGCGUUUUCGCUAUCACGAUUCUCGAGGUGGACCACACGAGCAUAGACCGAGGUCUCAUUCGCACUCCGUCCGUGGGAUGCGGAGCAUGCGUGAAUGCAUACGAGUUCCGCGUCACCAUCAAGGUCAGCGGGGACCUGAGAAACGUUCCUGCUGCCUGUAUCCCUCAGAAAUCUUUGUCUCCUCCCUUGGAAGGAUCCUUCGACAAGCCUGUGAUCCAGAUCGACUGGAUCAUCGCUGACGAUCCUGGCAACCGCAACAGCUGGUACUCACCAGGAGACACUAUCACCAUCGUCUUCAAUCAGCCGACAAACCUGGCAGGCCUCUACCCAACCAACAUCCCCAAGUCGCAGAUCGACUCUCUGUUGAUCUUUAGUGAGACCAUUGGCGCUGACUAUACAGGGGCAUGGCAAUGCCGGUACAGCUCCAAGGAACUCUGCAAGUCUUGGGAGAUCUACCAGGACGGUGCCAACGUCGUGAACUUUUCUCGGUGGGCUCUUGAGAUCACGAUCAAGAGCAUCGCAGGCAUCCGUAACCUCAACAAGUGUAUUGACCAGAUCAACGGCUGUGAAGAAGCCUCGGUCGACCUUGGGACCUUCACAGUUUCUCUCAGAGGGACUGGGCCUUACCUGGACUGGGCCUCUCCCUUUGCCGGGAGUGGGCCGGGGAUCAGGAACUUCCCUGCGCAGAGUGCAGCGAGCACGUUCAGCAAGAGGGGACUGUCGGGCCAGUUCGGAAGGAGGAUCGAAGUGUAUGACGUCAUCCCAAAGCAGAUCCCCGUCCUCGGAGCCUUCAUCACCAUCGUAGGACGCGGCUUCGGGUCCAACCCCAACAUCAUCUCUGUCUCAGUAGGGAAGCAGGUUAUCAGCGGGGUGAGCAUGCCGAACGGGUACACCUCACCCGUCCCACUACGGGUGGGUCAGGCGCUAGUGGUCAUGGCGCCGGUAGGGAGCGGGUCGAGAGGGCUAGAGGUCAUCGUGUCGAUCAGAUAUGAGUUCUCUGCGGAGACCUUCACUGCCCGAUGCCCGACAGUCAUCUUUUAUGCUCCUCCUGAGAUCACCAGGGUGACUCCUGACCGCCUGACCCUCGCGCGCUCGCAAGCUUUCGACGUCAGCCGAUACCUGAUCACUAUCUCGGGACGAAACUUCGGGCUGGGACCUCCGCUCCUGCCCUACCCCAAGGUUUUCUUCAGGGUGCAAGGAACAGGAGCUCAACAGUGUUCCAACCUCACCAUCGUGUCUGACAUGCAGCUCAUUUGCGUGCUCGCAGUCAACCCGACCGUGCGAGUCGCGUCGGAGCGAGCAGACCUCGUCGUCUCCUUGGACGAUCAAGCUGCCACCCUCGUCAACGCCGUCACCUAUGGGCAGGUCCCGUCCUUCUGGACUCACUGCAGGCCGGAGCUGACGAGCGCGUGCUUCUCGUGCUGCGAGCUCUACUGCAUGGAAGACGUCUACAGCACGGGGGAAGAGGUGAACUCACAGUUCAUGCACGGCCAGUGUCACCUAAGUUGUCAUGCCUUCUGCGGGUUUGCCCGCCUUGUCGAUGAAUCGGAAAGUAGCUGA